AUGGCGACCUUCUGGGAUAUAGAACAGGGGUUGAUUAUGUGUGCUGUGCCUGCCCUCCGGGUUGUACCCCAUUAUUCUGCGAACCAGACCUUCAUUGACUUCAUGGACGUUUUAGUCGGCCGGCCGUCUAUCUGCUCCACAAUCGUCGUCGGCUAUCCAAAGAUGUUCGGCCGACGUAAGAUUGCAGGUGAUGUUGACUACUCCUUCGACGAAUCAAGUUGCAACUCGUGGGCCUUCCAAGCCGGCUAUCGCGUUCACGACGACCUGCAGUCCACUUAA